GCCCUCAUAGAAAAGCACCGUGUCAUUUCUUAUCCGGAAGUCCCUAGCCUCGGGAUCUAGAAGAAGCCUCAUGGCCACUCGGACUAUACCGUGCCUCCUGCGCCUUGACAUGCGUAGCCCAGGAACGACUGCGGUUGCUUCCUGGAGAAAGCUGAUUGCCCGCCCGUAGCGCCUGUUCUGAUCGGCUCGGGGACUCCCCGCUCAUGGGUCUACGAGUCCUGGUCUCUUGCCCAACCCUCUGACGACUUCUGGACCACUCUUCGGUAUACUUUGGCUCAACCUUGUACCCCAUCCAUGCGUGCACUUCUCCACUUGACCCUCCCCCUGCGGGCCUUGGUUUUUUCACGACGUUUCCGAUGUCGAUCCCAACCCCGGCAAGCCCAUAAGCGAUUGUUUUAUACAUGGUCGGAUCAUCUUGCCGCCCUGCCAAAUUAAAACUUAACCCAAGCUGUCGGGCUCAACGAGAACGAGACCGGGACACGUCCCCUCCUCCUCCCCAUUCGAAAUAUUUCGUCUUCGCCUGCACGAUCUCAAGACUUACGUCGGGACCUAAUAACUUCGCUUACCCGACUCGCUCAUAUUGGACCAAUAUCGACCCGCCGUGGGACAGGAGAUAGAGGAUUGCCAAAUUUGGUGGCCAACUCGCAUAUUAAAUCCACUCACUUCCUUUCAAUAAUUUUGCCUGCAAUCUGUUCAAAAUUUGUGGAUUGAAGUCCGUCCACGUCAUCUUUUUACCCAGAAUAGGGCUCACCUUCAAAUCCCAUCCGCCUGGAUCGUUCCCACUGGACAAACGUCCGAGGUGACCAAGGAUGGGUACCAAAUCAUCCGUAAGUCUUUAGUCUAUGUCUUCUUUUGAGACAAAUCUACCCGUCCUCCAUUAUAAGACGGUGGUGGCGGUGAUAAAUUGGAAUCUUGCAAAUUUCACCCUCCAAUGCCUGCCACCACUCUGGCUCCUCAAAGCGUUUCUGACAUGGCCUCUAUGCAGGAACCAAAAAGCGAAUGUGAAACGCAAUCGCUUACUGAAAGUGUAACGGACUAUCCCAUGGAAAAUGGCAGACGGUAUCACAAGUACCAUGAAGGAGCCUACCCAUACCCCAAUGAUGAAAAAGAGCUUGAUCGUCUCGACCUGCAACAUCACAUGUUUAAACUUGUCAUGGGCGGCAAACUAUACCAUGUUCCGCUAAAAAACCCCAAACAAAUACUCGACAUCGGCACUGGAUCUGGUAUUUGGCCUCUAGAAAUGGCACCAUUGUUCCCAAACGCUGCAAUCACAGGCACAGACCUCUCUCCGGUACAGCCAAUCGAAGUUCCAGAAAAUAUUCACUUCUUAGUCGAUGAUGCAACCGAAGAGGAAUGGCUAUGGGAUGCAGAUCACUUUGACUUCAUUCACGUCGGACAUAUGACGGGUGCCAUGAAGUCUUUCAAAAACCUAUUACGAAAGGCAUUCACACACCUAAAACCGGGAUCAUAUCUUGAAUGCCACGAGAUGGACCCCAAGCCAAAAUGCGACGACGGUACCAUGCCACCCGAAAAUCCGGACGGCUACAGCGCCUUUGCUCUUCAUGACUGGUUUGACCUACACAUGAAGGCUAGCCAGGAAGUUGAGCCCUUACGCCAAUUCCGAAUAGCACCUCGGAUUGAACGAUGGAUGAAGGAGGUUGGAUUUGUUGAUGUCGAACAGCGAGUUUUCAAAGUGCCGAUGAACCCGUGGCCGGCCGAUAAGAAAAUGAAGGAUAUUGGGUCAUGGAGUGAAAGCAACUGGCUAGAAGCUCUGGCCGGUUGGUCUUAUAAACCUUUUCUCGGACUGGGUUGGUCGAAAAAUGAGAUUGAGGUGUUCCUCGUCGAUGUGAGGAAAAGCAUUCAAGAUCGGAAUGUGCACGCUUACAUGGAUUUCUUCGUGGUGACCGGCCGGAAACCGCUGGAUGAUACAAAGACGUUAUGAGUUAAACGCCACUUUGAUUCCACUUUUCUGAUGCUGGGCUUCUUCACCCAAAACAUUGCUCCUAUACCUUUUGAUUAUGUCUUGGCUGGGAUGAAUCGCACGAGAUACCAUUGGCCGGAGAAGAACAUAUGCAUGCAUUAUAUUGGCGUAUGGCUACAAUUAAUUGCAUAAGUCUUGGAUUUUGAAUAUUAUCGUUCUGUUCCCAAAUUCUGAUCGUCUUUGAACCCAUAGUUUUGAUAUAAAUUCUUGACUGCGAAUGGAGACUGGUCCUCAUGUGAGAGGUACGGGCAGCCACUUAUAUGAGAUGAUUCAUUGAAGGAGAAGUCUCCUUGGCACUUUAUGGAACUAGAGUGGAAAAUCAUUAGAUUUACAUUCAUCCUUCUGUUUCGGAGCACAUGUGAACGUAAGGGACCUUGCCAUAGUAAAUGGUAGCUGCCAUAUG